UACAAACAAACAGAAACUUGGGUCUUGGGUGUCCUGUCCUAUGUUAUUGAGACUCACUGCACAAUGCUUUACUAAGCAUCAAGAUCAUGACAAACCCCAAAGCAACAAAAGAGUGUUUUGAAGGGUGAAGUAGAAAUUUUACUUGUCUUGAUCCCAACACAAGCAAGAAAUGAUACAAAGGCCUUUUAAAAGCUUUGUAGCAGUGUGAUUGGCUAUCGCACAAUGUUAUUCAUUUCUCAAUGCCAUGAAGGUAUGAAAUUCCACACAUUUUUCAAUUCUUAUCAUGUGCUUCAUACAGAGCCCCCCAUGAAUCACUACAAAGAUUUGAGAAUACAAUCCCAAGUCAUGCGUUACUAUUUCACCCCUCUGUUGUCAUGGCUCUCAUUGUGCCCAUGUCAUAUAUUUUUGUUUUUGUUUUGUUAUGGUUCUGUCUCCUCCCUAUCAUGGGCUCUGUUCUUUCCUUCCCUGAUUUUCCUGAACUGAGUUUUCUCCUGAUUAACCUGUGUAUUUAUUCCCAAUGUUUUCCUGUCUCUUGUUGUCAGGCAUUUUCCUUAAAAUUUCCCUAGUGACUUUCUGAAUCAUGUUUUUGUCUUCUAUGUUUUUGUUUUCUAACUGUCUGUCUUGAUAAAUGUUCUGGAAUUAUGUCCAAUAAACACGAUUCACGUUUGCAUUGACACCUGCUUCUCAAGCCCCACAGUCAAGAAGACAAUGAGUGAAUGAUGGCCCAAUGUGUUUCUAUUAAUGAGAUGAAAGUCUGGCUGUUUCUCUACAGGAAGAGGAGCCUCAUUGUUGCUGCACAGGAAGACGUAACUUAUGUUCAUAAAGGGCUUGAGGAGCUGAGCCUCUGGCACUUUGAAAAAGUUGGUGUUACAUUAUCUGGGAUUAAAAUUUUCUCUUGCACCUGUGAAAGGAGAUCUCUGCACAGAGGGAGGGGCCACAGCAGCUGGAUUACCUCAACUAUUUAGUGCUAUUCUGAUCAAUUCAGGGCUAUCAGAAUAAGUGAUGGCCCUUCUUCUCACAACCUGGCCAGAGUUAAGGAAAUCAAAGCCAAUGGCCAGUUUAGAGAAAAUAACAAGGGCCACUGAGUAUUCUCAGUAAAUACAUAUGCAUUUGCUUUCGCAAAGUGGUCGCAGACCUGUUUCACCACUUCCUUGUGCAGUCACCAUUCUUCAUGUUCCAUGUCAUCAUUUGUAGCUUCUGAGACUGCAAGUCUUAAUGUGGUAAUGCCCCUUUGGACAAGAAUGUAAUGGCUUCCAGAAAAGGAAGAAAACGUUUCAGUGCCAAGACAACCACUAGGAGUUCCAGAUGAUUUAUGUGGGCACAUUGUAGGCAUAAGCUCCACACCCCAUUCACUGCUCUGUUUUCAUGGAUCGCACCCCAGCCCAAGAGGGAUGCAUGUGAUAUGACCAUUUUCCUUAACAAAGAUGUUACCUCUCAUUACAAAGGCCAGCUGUUUCUACUGGUGUUAUGCCAGAACACAACCCACUGAAACCAGGACACAGCAGCAGCGAUGAUGCAAUUGGCUCAGCCUAAGAGAGGAGGGGCACCCAAUGCUGAAACUCCCAGAUCUGGAGGCAGACAAACUUGGCUGUUAUCACUACAAGACACUUUGAUGAAGUGAUCAAAUGCAUGACAGCAGCUCAAGCUAAAGACAAAAUUAAUAAAGGCUAUUAAGGGUCUUGAAAAAUCAUAUCUUCACUGGCAAAUUGAAAUUGUGGUGUCUCCAGUUUGGCUUAUUGCCUCGUUUCAGGUGGCCACUGACAGUGUAUAAGGUCCCAAUUACAGAAGAGGAGAGGCUGGAGAGGAUUUUGAAUAACUCUACCUUCAGGACUUAGGGCCAUGACGACCUGAUGCUGAAUGAAGAAGAAAACCAGUCACGCAUUUAUUUCUAUGCAAGGUUUUGGUGAUAACAUGGACAGAUGUAUUUGGACUAUGAGGAAAUGUCACCUUGCCACAGCUUUCAUCAUGUUCACAUGUCUGGGAAUCUUGUUUUCUCCAAUAUACAAUCUGUUUUCCAGUCAAACAGUGAUCUCGCCAAAGCCAAGGGCAGCCAUUCAAAAGCCGUACACAUUUUCCACUCUACCAUGCCCAAAAUCUAGAUCAAACAACAGCAUAACACCCAUUAAAGGCACUAGAUAUUUAAUGGUGUCUGCUUUCCUAACGUAUGAGGCAGAUGGGCAGAUAAACAUCCUUACAAUAAUGAACAGGACUCAUUUUGAGUCAUUUACUUGCAUAAUUUGUUGUGACAAACACGGCCUCGAAAUAUCGGCUGUAUUAUUGGACAAGCACAGUGAUCACUUCGGGUUCCCUUUUGUAACCACUGACGCUUUCUGUAGUGUAGAAUCAACGUGCAAUGCCACACAUGUAACCAUAUCAAGACCAGAGAACCUUCUUGAUACUCAGAGUCACAUGUAUUUGCCAAUACACAAAUAUAUGAUACACAACAGGAAAUUUGAUGUGGACUUCACACUGUGUAUUUCUUGCUUGUUUGGAGGGUAUAAUAAUGUUCUUCAGUUAGUGCAGACAAUAGAAACAUAUAAGCUUCUUGGGGUUGAGAGAGUAGUCAUCUACAAAACCCACUCUGGCCCCGAACUUGAGAAAGUUUUGCAGAGCUACAAGGAAGAAGGCACGCUAGAAAUUAUCCCUUGGCCCAUCCAUCACUUCCUGGAACCCUCUAAGGGCUGGAACUACGAGCUGCACUCAGGGGAGGUACAUUACUAUGGACAGCAAGCCACAUUAAACGACUGCAUCCAUAGGAACAGGCAAAGGUCCCGGUAUGUGCUGCUAAAUGACGCUGACGAGAUCAUCAUGCCAUACCAACAUGCGUCACUGCGUCAACUCAUGGAAGAGCUUCAGGGUCAACAACCGGAUGUGGCGACUUUCAUCUUCCAAACCCAUGUCUUCUCCAAAAAUGUGGCGAAUGGAAGUGCCAGGUUUGACCUUCCUCAGUGGAGGCACGUGCCUGGCAUCAACAUCUUGAGGCACAUCCACAGAGAGCCCAUACGCUGGUUUGUCAACAACCCCAGCAAGAUGAUUGUCAACCCGAGGAAAGUGGUGCAGACGUCUGUUCACCAUGUGGUCAAAAGCAGUGGUAGAACACUCCAUGUGCCUAAUAAUUUGGCUAUCGUCUUACACACCGCAAAACCACAGCAGCCUGAUCUGACUUUUGAGAAACUGAUUAUGGACAGGAAGAUAUGGGAAUUUGCUGAAAGGCUGAUACCAAAUGUAAACAAAAUCCUUCAGAAAUCUGGGCUUUUGAAUUAGAAGUUGCCAAAGAUUAAAAUGAUUUGCAAGUA